CCGUCGAACGCACCGUUUCGAUUCAGGAGCUCGAAAAAUCUAAAGCCUCCAAACGGUUCACUUCGCUUCCUGCCCUGUAGCUCCCAAGCACAGCUACCUGCACUCCUGCGCUGCUCAUGGCGUCCGCGUCCAGACGACGUGGUAGUCUCGGAGACCGCCGCGGUUUCUUUCACUUGUGUGGGUCUCCCAUCCGCACGCAAAAGAUGGAGCUCGACUACAUCCACGGCAAAGCACACUCGCCCACCCAAGUGAGGGCUGCAGAGCUGACGGCGGACAUCGAUACGCCGCUAAUGCAGCGCCGCCCAGGCAAGAAGAACCUUAAGCAGAAGCAACGCCAUGCCGAGGCAGACGCUGCCAUGGCGGCUCUUGCCAGACAGUUGGGCCAAGAGGGUGGCGGCGGCUACUACGACAGUCUCCGUGGUCUCAUGGACCUCGACAGUGAUGCACCCAUGUCCUGUAUGGCCGACGAAGGCAGCAACAACUCGAUGAGACUGGAGGGUGCUCGACAGGCCGGCAUUCCGCUCUACUUAUCAGACUGGUUCGCCCCCAACAAGGACUCUACUCGUCGUCGACAGACCAACGUCAUCAUGACACGAGAACCAGAAUCGGAGUCGGGGUCGGUAUCCAGUGACUGCUCCGACAACAAGGAGAAUCAUCAGUUCCUCAAGCCACAUCAGAACGUCGACAUGGCAGACGUGGUCAUUGGCCGUGUGAUCGGGGAAGGAGCGUUCGGUAAAGUGUUCAAGGCUUCCUGGAAAGGUCGAGACGUGGCUGUCAAGGUGCUGAUCCGACAGAAUCUGAGUGCCGACGUGGUGCGGGAGUUCGAGACGGAAGUGAAGAUCAUGAGCUUCUUGCACCACCCGAACAUCUGCAUGCUGCUCGGGGCGUGUCUGGCCCCCGCGAACCGUGCAUUAGUCAUCGAGCUAGUGGAACAAGGCUCACUCUGGGCGAUACUGCGCACACGACGACGACAGCUCACGGACGAGAUGCGUGCACGGUUCGUACUGGACACAGCUCGUGGCAUGAGCUACCUGCACCAAUUUGAGCUGCCGAUCCUGCAUCGAGACAUGAAGAGCCCCAACCUGCUUGUCGAGCGCGACUACUCGAUCAAGAUCUCGGACUUUGGUCUGUCGCGCGUCAAGGCGCAGAUUCAGACCAUGACUGGUAACUGCGGCACUGUCCAGUGGAUGGCACCAGAAGUGCUAGGCAACCGCAAGUACACAGAGAAAGCAGACGUGUUCUCGUUCGGCGUGGUAGUAUGGGAAAUCUUUGCCGGGCAAUGCCCGUAUGACGGUAUGACCCAGAUUCAGGUGGCAUUGGGUGUACUCAAUCACGACCUGCGUCCGCCGAUCCCGCGCUCGUGCCCGCGCUUCUUCGCGCGACUGAUUCGGUCUUGCUGGAUGAGGGAACCCAGUCUGCGUCCAUCUUUCUCGGAGCUCGUGCGUACCUUCGAGCAGUACGUUGCCCACCAGUAGCUGCAACAUUGGCAGAAGACAUGCUGGUACGAAGAAAACGAUGAAAAAAACGCCACCGAAACGUGUAGUCAGAAUGCAGUUUAGGGUCGGUAUGGCAGGCGGGCGUUGACCAAGCGCCAUGAAAUUAUUUAGCUGUUAGUGCGUGUAAUUACUCAAUGCACCAUACACACUUAACCGUUCGUA